CACCAUGGCCUCUCGGCGAGCUGAAGGGGAGUGCAAUCCCCUGUUGGAGCAGAAAGAAGCCCAGCUCAGUGGGCCAAUCCCAUCUCCCUUUGAGGGCAGAAAGGCUGCCUGCCUGGCUGUGCUGCUGGUGGAGAUCCUGGAGCGCGCAGCUUUCUUUGGUAUCGUCUCCAACCUUGUCUUGUAUCUCAACAGCAGCACCUUUAAUUGGGGUGGCUCCCAGGCUUCUCAGGCAGUUUUGAUCUUCAUAGGUGCCUCCUACCUGCUCUCGCCCAUUGGGGGCUGGCUUGCCGAUGCUUACCUAGGCUGCUACUGGACUAUUGUCUUCAGCUUCCUGCUCUACCUUAUCUCAGCAUGCCUGUUGCCCACCGUGGCCUCACAGGAGGGGCGCCUCUGGUUGUGUGGAGAGAUGCCAUCAUACCCAAUACAGCCUUCGUGCCAAGGUGACAUCUCAGAGUGUAAACAAGAGCUGCCAAAUCCAUAUUGUGCCCCUCUCCUGUACACUGGUCUACUGGUCCUGGCCCUUGGCAUCAGCUCCGUCAAGGCCAACCUCAUUCCAUUUGGUGCCGAUCAGGUGACAGACCGUGGCCAGGAAGCUACCCGACGUUUCUUCAACUGGUUCUACUGGAGCAUUAACAUUGGGGCUGUGCUUGCGCUGCUGGUGAUUGCCUUCAUCCAACAGAAUGUGGACUUCCUGAUUGGCUAUACCAUUCCUGCUGUCUGCCUGGCCCUGGCCCUUGUAAUCUUCCUUCUGGCUACCCCCAUCUUUGUCACAAAGCCAGCUGCUGGCAGUCAAGUUCUCACCAUGUUGCAUUUGGCUCUCCAGAACAGCUGUUGUGGCAAAGCAUUGCAGAAAGUGACCAUAAAAACCAGGGCAAGGAAUCCCCUGCUGGAAGCAGAAAGACCCAAUCUCCUUUCAGGGGAAAGGAACCAGCCUAUGGGGUCAUCCUAUGAACACGCCUCUAAACUCCAAGUGAUGGCAAAGAUCCUGCCAGUUCUGCUGACUCUCAUCCCAUAUUGGAUGGUUUAUUUCCAGAUGCAGUCAACCUACUACUUGCAGGGUCUCCAUCUCUCCAUUCCCAACUUCUUUCAAAACAGUCAUAUGAAUAACAGUGCACUCUCAGCAACCAUAGAUACUGUCUAUACGUUUCCAGAUGCCUGGCUCCUUCUAGCCAAUGUAAUGGUUCUGUUGAUCCUCAUUCCACUGAAGGACCGGGUGAUAGACCCAUUCCUAGCAAAGAAGAAGCUGUUGCCAUCAGCACUGAGGAGAAUGGCCCUAGGCAUGAUCUUUGGCCUUGGCUCAGUCCUAUUAGCAGGUUUCCUGGAGACUAAGCGGCUGCAAUAUGUGAAGAACAACCACACAAUCUCACAACAAAUUGGGAAAGAUGAAUACUUUGCAGCCCCACUCUCCAUCUUCUGGCAAAUCCCUCAAUAUUUACUCAUUGGAAUCAGUGAAAUCUUUGCCAGCAUUUCGGGGCUGGAGUUUGCCUACUCUGAAGCUCCCAGAUCCAUGCAAGGAGCAAUCAUGGGUCUUUUCUUCUUCAUUUCUGGAGUUGGAUCUCUUUUAGGAUCUGGUCUCCUGAGUUUGCUCUCCCUGCCAACCAAUGGUUGGAUGCACUGCCCAGAAGAUUUUGGAAACAUCAACAAAUGUCAGAUGGAUUAUUAUUUCUUCCUCCUAGGUGGGAUUCAGGCGGUAACAUGCAUCCUCUUUAUGUUCAUCUCCAUUUGCUACGAGCGUCAACAGCGACCCACCAGCUGAGAGAACAACUGAUAGCAUUUUUCAGGACUGCAAGAAGGCACCCAUGCUCUCCAGCUCUCAUCAUAGUGUUCAGUGCUAUGGCUGUCGCAGAAAGUUAAUUGAUUCAAAUGUUAUGAAGGCUAUAUUAAUGAAAAUUUGAGAAAGCAAUCCAGAAGACUACCAACAAUGGCAGAUAGUCAGGGUACUAAAAACCACAGUUUCUUAUUCAAAGUGUUAAGAAGAAACUGAAUAUGAAUGGUGGAGUUAUGGGGAAGCUAGGCUGCAGUUAAAUAGAUCAUUUCUUAAUCCAUCAAAAUGGUUCUUGCCCCUCUUAGUACUUACAAUCUCCUUUGAGCUGAACCAUUUUUGGGGGAGGCAAAAUUAAAUCCUUUAAAAAAGGAGAAUGUCAUACAUGCUGUAUAUACUUGUACAUAGACAUUCACGUAAUUUGGAGCUUCUGAUACUUUACAGCCAAAUAUCAGUGUUGCAAAUGGAGAUUUCAUGGGGAUCAAAAUUAUGGAAUAAAACCUUGUAUUUAUAGCUAACUUUUGUUAAUGUAAUAGGAAUGUACUGGAAGUUCCUUUUUCAGAACCUACCCCAGUCUUAAAGAUGCAUAUUACCAGUAGCAAUAUUUAUUUAUUUCUUUAAAUAAAUAAUGCAUUGUCCUUCAUCUGUGGACAUGGGUACCUUUGCUUCCAAGUAUUGUUGGAUGUGAGAUCUGAAUAAUACAGAAAUAUUGUAUUAUGCAUAUGGACAUGUAUAACGGGAGCUACAGUUAUGUGACUGAAUGGCACAUAGUGACUAGUUAAAACAUGCGGAGCUUUAAUUUUGGACAAAUGCAUUCUUGCAUUUAUGUAUAAAAUCUUAAAAACUUCAACAACAAAAAAAACCUUUUAGGAAAUUGUUUGAAAUUGAUAUGAAAUCCAUUAUUCCUUUCAGGAUGGCAAGAAUGGAAAUUACAAGUAUUGUUGCAAAAUCUCAGAGACAGAAUUGAAAAAGAGAUUUGACCCAAGUAAUUGGUAUGAAAAACGUCCACCAAGGGGAUGCAGUAGUUAAAAUCAAUAUAAAAGUGAGGGAGAUGGACGGUUUAAAAAUGUGAAAAAUGAAUGAAUGAAUGAAUGUGCUUUUAAGGUUUUUGAUCUGGAUUGGAACAUUAAAUUUACUGUAUUGGGGUUGCUUAUUUCAGAUCCAGUUUUCCAAGCAUUCAAUUUGCUCUUGAAUUUUUAAAACUCAAAUGUUAACUCUAUAAAACUUCAUGCUUGACAGUUCACUAGUUGUUAGCCCAAUAAAGUAGACCAGAUUAAAAACAGAUACCAAAUGGGACCUAAAUCUACUUUUAUUAGAAUAGCUACAGUAACAGAAUCUUGUGCCUCCCUUCUUUCCUCUUCUAUCUUCAUGUGAACAGAGAGGGGACUGGGAGAAUUGUCUGAGAUGCUUUUGUAAAUCCAUUUUUUUUGGCCUGGAUUCAAGCCACACUUGUCUGAUUGUUGCCUUAGUAACAGAUCUUCCUUCUGUCUUUCAAGACCAUCCUGUACACUCUCCACACUUGUAUAAUAUUAGACAUAACCAGGAAUAUAGGACUGAUGGGAAAUAAAGCUAU